AUGGCUAGGAAGGGCAAUCAGCAGAAGAAUGGGGUUAGUCGUUCCUCACAGAAUGGCAAAAAGAAGGGUUCAGAAACACAUCAAGAAAGAAGACAAGCUACUGACGUGAAGAUUCCUCCUAAAGAGACAACUGUGAACAGUCAUCACUCGAGCAAUGCUUCGGCUGAGAGCAUGAGUCAAGGAACUGGGAAACUAAUGAGUAUGGAUAAACAAGGGACAGAUGCAGCUCAGGGAUUAGAGCACCCAGUUCUGUCUGGGGAAUCUUCAGGGGAUUAUAUUCAAAAUGCAUCUCCUAUGGGCAUGUCCCACGAGAGAGAACAAGGUGGACUAGAUUGUGAUAAUAAUUGUCAAAAUAGCCGAAAAGGUGGCCUGGGCCACAAGCUGAAUGGGCAUAUAACAAAUCUAAUAGAAAAUGUCCACAUAUUUGACAAUUUAGUUGUUAGAAAUGUGAGAAGAUCAGCUUUGUGUGUCCUAAAGGCAGCUGGAGAGUGGCUGGAGUCACAAAGACCUUUUGUCAUUAAUUUAAAAGGUGACAUACUAAAGGCUCGUGACUAUGUCAAAGUGAAGAUUGAGCUGGCCUACCCGGUUGUUUUGAAAUGGCUUGUAUACUUUGGGAACAUAAUGUUUCUCUUAUCAAUGAUUUGGUUGGAUUGCACUCUUAGGGGAAUCGAUUCUUUCCUACGUAUGGGGACUACAUCUUUCUUUUCUAUCAUAUGGUGUGGAAUUUUCUCAGCUAUCGCUAUGGUCGGCAUGCUAAAGUUUCUUGUGGUCUCGGUGCUAGCUGUUCUUGUGGGUAUUUUUGUGGGGUUUGCCGCUGCACUUUUGCUGCUUGCACUUUGUGGCACUGUCUUCUUGUGGUUUUAUGGAAGUUUUUGGACAACAGCUCUUGUAAUCAUCCUUGCAGGUAUAUCAUUCACAUUGAGCCAUGAACGCCUUGCACUUUUCAUAUCAACGAUCUAUGCCGUGUACAGUGCUUGGGCAUAUGUUGGAUGGAUGAGCCUGCUUUUUGGUUUGAAUUUGUCUUUCAUCUCAAGCGACGCUCUCAUAUACUUCCUGAGGAAUAAUAUACAUCAGCCUCAGCGACCCAAUGAUCUACCCAAACAAGCAACUGGAAUGCAAGGUCAACCGUUCAGCGAGGCAUCGCAUCCUUCAUUCUCAGAUGCUGCCCCUGGAUUGUCGGCUGAUCGUAAUUCGGGAAUACCUUCAACUAGUGGGGCUAAUCCUGAAAUAACUUCAGAAGAUGAAGUUGUUCGGUUGUUGAGUUGUUCUGAUCACUAUGCAGCACUGGGCAUCAAUCGUUAUGAGAAUGUAGAUGCUUCUUUGCUCAAGAGGGAAUAUAGGAAAAAGGCAAUGCUGGUCCAUCCCGAUAAAAAUCAGGGAAAUGAGAAGGCAGCAGAGGCUUUUAAAAAGCUUCAAAAUGCAUAUGAGGUUUUACUCGACUCUGUAAAGCGAAAAGCUUAUGAUGACGAGUUAAGGAGGGAGGAGCUGCUAAACUGCCUCCGUAGGUUUCAAAGUUCUUCUCAAAAGAAUGGAGGUCAUGGUCUCUUCUCCUCUGGAUUUGCUCACUCAGAGACCGACGGUGAAGUUCCUUUGAGAGAUUCGAGGCGAAUAGCCUGCAAAAAGUGCAACGGCUUUCAUCUCUGGUUGCAAACUAGAAAGUUAAAAGCACAAGCAAGAUGGUGCCAGGACUGUAAGGAGUUCCAUCCGGCAAAAGAUGGAGAUGGAUGGGUGGAGCAAUCUUCUCAACCCUUACUUUUUGGGCUAUUGCAGAAGAUGAAUGCUCCUGUUGCGUUUGUUUGUGCUGAUGGCAGAAUUUAUGAUGCCUCAGAAUGGUAUAUCUGCCAGGGAAUGAGGUGCGCACCCAAUACACACAAGCCGAGCUUUCACGUGAACACGAGUGUGACUGCAAAGCAUAAUGCUGGGAAGGGAACUGCUUCUGGACAAAGGGGCGGUCGAGUUCCAGGAUCUAAUGUUGAGGAGACCAUGACAGAAGAAGAAUUCUUGGAGUGGUUGCAGAAUGCAGUGCAGGCUGGCGUUUUCGACAAUUUCAGCAGCGCCUAUGCGGAGAACCAAUCUCCAGGGGGCGGAAGUAGCUCCAAGAGCAGCUUCAGCGGCAGUGGCAACAGUAGUGGCGGUAAGAAGAAGAAAAAGGGGAAGAAACAGUGGUAAGCAAAACCAAUUUGGUAGAUUGUGAGCAAUCUUUAGCCUAAAGUUGGAGAUGAAGCUUCUUAUUUUUGGGGAUGGUCAAGGGUUAAGGAGAGUUUAAUCUGAGUUGAGCAGUAUCCGAAGCAUGGGCAUAACUGCGACAUUAAGCAGGACCUUUCGAUUAGCAGGAGAGGUUGUAUAGCAUUUUCUUUUUAAUAUUGUUCUUUUUCCUAAUCUUGCUUCAUCAGUGAAAUUAGCUGCGAGUUAGACGAGGGGGAGGUUCGACGAUAUUGUAUCGUUAGGAAGUGAAGGCGCCUGGCUGUGAUUUUCACCUGGACAUGGCUAUUUCUUGAAUGAGUAAUUAUGAAAUAUGGAAGUAGUUGCUGGAGAA